GCGGGUCGCUGGGGCCGUUUUUCCAGCGGGUCCUGGGGCCGGAGGCGAAGGCGGCGAUAAGGGCCUGAUGGCCUUCGAGGAUGUGGCUGUGUACUUCUCCCAGGAAGAGUGGGGGCUCCUGGACACAACACAGAGGGCCCUGUACCGCCGUGUGAUGCUGGAAAACUUUGCCCUUGUGUCCUCACUGGGACUCUCCACCUCCCGACCUCGUGUGGUCAUCCAACUUGAGCGUGGUGAGGACCCUUGGGUUCCCCAUGGGAUGGACACAACCCCAGCCAGAAACACCCACAGAAGGCACAACCCUGGUUCUUGGCGUUUGGUGAAGGAUGGAGAUGAUCCUGGAGGAAAUGCAUUGCCAGGAGCCUUUCUGCAUAGGCCUCCUAGGAUGCCUACUAGUGUCUGCCCCACUGUUGGUGCUUGCCACAGUGCAAAAAGCCUGCAAUGUGGUACAUCCCCAUCUCUGGAGAGAAAACCCACAGGGGUGUCGAUGAUCUACUGGGAGAGGCUCCUGCUAGGCUCAGGCAGUGGCCAAGCAAGUGUCAGCCUACGAUUGACCUCCCCACUGAGGCCUCCUGAAGGCAGCCGGUCCAGGAAGACCCUGGCAGACCGCGCUCCACUGGGGAGGCAUCUCAGGGUGACCCAGCGGCAGAAACCGUAUGUUCGGGGGAUCCCUGGGAGAGCCAUGGGGAGCGUCCGGGACCUGGAGGAUGUUAGUGCCCGGGAUGAAGGCAGAAUGGGUGUGGCUUGGCACGAGCCUCAGAGACUCCCUGGAGGCCAGGAGCCCCCGAGAUGGGAUGACCUGGGUGAGGCUCUCCAGGCCAGCCCUGGCCUCCUCCCUGGGGAGAAACCCUUCGAAUGCAGGGCAUGCAACAAAGUAUUUGUGAAGAGCUCAGACCUCCUCAAGCACCUGCGCACCCACACUGGGGAGCGGCCCUACGAGUGUGCCCAGUGCGGCAAGGCCUUCAGCCAAACGUCACACUUGACGCAGCACCAGCGCAUCCACAGCGGCGAGACGCCCUAUGCGUGCCUUGCGUGUGGCAAGGCCUUCCGGCACAGCUCCUCACUGGUGCGGCACCAGCGCAUCCAUACAGCUGAGAAGUCGUUCCGUUGCAGUGAGUGCGGCAAGGCCUUCAGCCAUGGCUCCAACCUCAGCCAACACCGCAAGAUCCAUGCGGGCGGGCGGCCCUAUGCCUGUGCACAGUGUGGCCGCCGCUUCUGCCGCAACUCGCACCUGAUCCAGCAUGAGCGCACACACACGGGUGAGAAGCCCUUUGUCUGUGCACUCUGUGGGGCUGCCUUCAGCCAAGGUUCCUCACUCUUUAAGCACCAGCGUGUGCACACCGGGGAGAAGCCCUUCACGUGCCCACACUGCGGCCGUGCUUUCAGCCACAGCUCCAACCUCACUCAGCACCAACUGCUACACACAGGCGAGCGGCCUUACCGUUGCUGGGACUGUGGCAAGGCCUUCGCCAAGAGCUCAGUGCUGUUAAGCCACCGGCGCAUCCACACGGGUGAGAAGCCUUUCAUGUGUGCACAGUGUGGUCGUGCCUUCCGGGAACGUCCAUCCCUCUUGCACCACCAGAGGAUCCACACUGGUGAAAAAUCUGUGGACGACCUAAAGCCAGCAUGCGUACCCAAGCCAGGCCUCCUUCGGGGGCAUCAUCAGAAAAUGCACCGGGGAGGGAAGCUGACCCCACUCCUGCCACAUCCCUGGCCACAGUCACAAUGCAAGCCCAGACCUAAGAACCCGGCCGCUGUGCACGUGCACCGGCUUCCAAGGUGGUGUACCGCCGGGCUGCGGAGCGCUUCCCCGCCCCGGCGUCUGAAAAGGCGCCUGCUCCCUGAAGUCGCGCCUUUGCUUGCGGAGGUUCACGGGAAACGUAGUAUAAAGGAGGUGGGCGGGGUCUCGGGGGACCGGCGCGGUAUUGGCCCGAGCGUCUUCGCCGUGACAGCGCGCGGGCGGGGCGGGCCUGUGCGCUCGGUCGGCGGCUGGCGGGCUGGUUGCCGUGCUGCUUCCUGGAAGUGCCCUUACGGCCGCCGCGGGAGGUGGAGAUCCCGAAUUUCUGGGGUCUGCGGAUAG